CUGCCAAAGCAACACGAGGAGAUCUGAUCUAAGUACACAAGAUGAACAACAACACUAAUAGUAGAUCUGCCGAGGGAGACGCAUCUAUGCGUCUCUCGACUAGAGAAGUUAGGCGGGCACUUGCCAUCAAGGCUGCCAUCGUGGACUCCAACAAAGAACGACGAGAGCAGGGAGAAGACGAGCUGAUCGAACUGACGGACUUUGAGUACGCUCAGUAUGCCCUGCUUACGAAAGGCAAUGUAGAAGAUGCACUGGAACGGAUAGAGAAGAUGCAGGCCUUUCGGGAAGAGUACCGGAUUCAGGAUACCGUGGAAGAAGGAAUGGAGAUAAUGCAGGCACUUACCAUUCAGCAACCCUGGUUCGUGGUGUCUGUCGACUACAAUCCCACGCACGGACACUUUGUCUUUGUGUAUGAUUAUUCCAAGCUCAAGCCGGCCGCUGUUGAUUACCCAGAAGAUUGGAGAAUAUUUCUGGGUGGUAUGUAUUAUAUAUAUCAGCUGGGCCUGAGUAACCUGUUAGCUUGCCGAGAAGGAUUAGUGCACAUUGCGGAGUGUCAAGGAAUGGGGUAUAGCAACUUCAGCAUGGAUUUCUUGAACCGAUGUUGGCAUCAUCUUCUGGCACACUACCCAUAUACCACUAAGGAGUGUUCCUGGCUCCAUACACCAUUAGUGGCCAACAUCCAAUAUGCGUUUUACAAAUCAGUAAUGGGGCACAAGGCUGAUAUUAUUCGAGUGGGAUGUAACUUUGGAGGAUAUGAUGGGCAAAUUGAUGAAAUGUUCAAACUGCCAUCGGAAGAUAUUGCAGAAUUUAGGUUGAUGGGGCGCUACUUGGCAUACCUCAAUCUCCGAUAUCAAAACCAAAGUGUGUUCCGACUUCCAUCCCAGGAUCCCCCAACUCAAGCUCCCGCUACUGUUCCUCCUCCUGAUCCCCGAGCAAACGUUGAGAACGACAAUAAUCAAGAGGACCAUGCUGAGUAGUGGUGGAGAUGUUGUCACAUAGUGCCCCGACGUUUUGGCUGCACCUCUUCUGCGGCGGGACUUGCUUUGAGCUAGAGUUAUCAUCAGGUUGGCUGGACCUUAUUGAUUCAUGAUGUUGUCAACGGUCAUUGGUAAUGUCAAAUACUAGAAAUAUUUAGGCAGACAUGGUGCAAUAGGAAUUUCCUCAGCCAGCUUGAUCCUCAAAGGAAAUCAUUUGAAGUAGCUGGCUAGCAUCCAAAACCGGAACUGUUAUGCAUCGAAUAUCACUACUAAGCUAGAGGUAGCGAGUUCGUCAAAAGCAGGAACCUGAGGACAGUGAUGAAGAAACUGUUCCCCAAUUUUG